ACCCUCUCACAUGCUCCAGCAGAGGCCAGUCUCCAGGAGGUAAACCGAGCCCAGCUCAGGAAUCCUUCAAAGACACCAGGGUUGGGGCUGCUUCUGUCCAGUUGAGCAGUUCUUUCUUCUAGAUACCCUGAAAACCAGGGAGGGAGUUGGGCCUGGUGGCGUCCCUCCUCUUACAGUCCAAGAAUGCUGGACUCCUCAGUAGCAGAUGCAAUGACCCGCCUGACCCUAAAACUCUUAGAGAAGAAACUGGAGCAAGAGCGUGAGAAUGUGGAAGGGGGUUCUGAGGACCCUCACUUUGUGCCAGGAAAUGAGGACAGGCCGGAUGCAGCUGUACUAAGUGCUCUGAGGAGGAGGAAAGACCUUCUGCAGAGACUCUGGGAACAGCACCUCCUGGAGGAGGUGUCCCAGCCCCGAGCCCCGAGCGAGGUGAACAGAGGAGGAGCCUGGGGAUCAGCACUGCCCCCAGAGGUGCCCCCGGUGGGCAUCCGUCCUGCUGUCUCCCCACCCCCGCCAGCCCUGGAGCCACCACACAUUAUCCAACACUCGGUCCCCCAGCCUCCUGCCACCAUUAUUCAACAACUACCUCAGCAGCCACUCAUCGCACAGAUUCCCCCUCUCCAGGCCUUCCCCACUCAAAGGUCAGGCAGUAUUAAGGAAGACAUGGUGGAGAUGAUGCUGAUGCAGAAUGCACAGAUGCACCAGAUCAUUAUGCAAAACCUGAUGCUCAAAGCCCUGCCCUCUGGGGGAUCACAGGCCGCCCUUCUGCAUUCCACCCCACAGAGGCAGAAGCCGCCCUCCGUGCAUCACCACCACCACUAUGCACCCCCAGCCCGGCUGCAGGCCUCCCCGGCGGGUUACUCCAUGUGGCCCCCAGUGGUCCCAGCCACCAUCCCCCCACCUGCCUCCGGCUUCCUGCACCACAUGGCUGGCCCCUCCUUGGCAGCCCUUAGUGGGGUGGCAUCUGAUGGCAUCCUGCCCACACAGGCUCCGGGCCUGUGAAACUCCACGUGUGGGCUCGGUAAGCAGCAGGGUCCCAGUUCCCCAGCAGGUGUGGUCGGGGAGGCCCGGCAGAGGCCUGAAGCCUCGGCCCUGAAUGCUGGACUGCCAGGCAUGAGGAAAUACAGGGAUUUCACCAGGAGGGAUGGCCCAGUUAGCCACAUAAACUGUUAAACCUUCCUGUGGAAGAAAUACCAGAAACAAGUCAAAUAUGAUGACGACUGGGAGGUCUGCCUGCCACGAGCGGCCAAGGUGAGGGCUCCUGCCAGUCUCAAGAAGUGAAGCAGACAGCAGGCGGGGAUCUCUCGUGGGAGAGUAUCUUUCCAUGCGGGUCUGCGUGGCUCCUUCUACAAGUCAAACACCAUGUUGAAUGUGGUUCCUUUCGAAGAUGGCUGAGGAAAGGGAGCUUUCUCUGCAUUUGUUCCUUUUGGUUCUGUCAGGGCUUCCGGUGUGAACGUCACCUUUAGUUUUUCUUCAUUUUCUGUGACUUUUUUUUUCUUGGUGGAAUGAUGUUCCCUUGACAUGUUAGUAUAAUUUUCACAUGAAUGUCACAUUUAAAUGUUACAGCUGUUUUCAUCUACCCCUUUUGGGAAAACCUAUUUUCCCCAACUU